AAAAGAUAAUAAUAUCUUAUUCAACAACUAUUUAUAGAACUUGAUUGUACUACUUGAUUACUAGUUUACAAAACAAGUCAUGUAUGAUGACGUGCAAAACCUACGUGCCUUUUUACGCAUAUAUUUGUAGUCUGACAUCCGAACUAUACGUUAGCAUACACUACGAUCACUUAUCCAUUAUUAAAAUACAGUCGCGACUUUAAGAAUUCACAAAAAAGGGAACAAUGAGUUUCGAGAACAAAGUAAUUAUAGUAACGGGCAGCAGUUCUGGCAUAGGAGCAGCCACGGCGAUUAAAUUUUCGAAACAGCGAGCGAGAAUAACAAUAGUCGGCAGAAAUGAACAGAAACUUAAGAACGUUUCGGAAACCUGCGAACGAAAUGGUAGUAAACCGUUAAUGAUCAUCGCCGAUGUAACUAAAGAAGAAGAUAUGAAAAGGAUUGUUAGUGAAACAAUUGAGCAAUAUGGAAAGUUGGACGUGUUAGUGAAUAAUGCAGGAAUGUUCGAUUCAGUGAGUAUUCUUGACCCACAUGCAAUAGAAAAGUUUGAUCAAAUAUUGGCGACAAAUCUUCGGUCGUGUGUGUAUUUAACCCACCUCACUGCUCCACAUCUUAUUGAAAGUAAAGGUAAUAUAGUAAAUAUUGGUAGCGCUGGAGCAAAGGGAAUAUUCAUGCCGGAAAAUUUUGCUUAUUGCUCUUCAAAGGCUGGUUUAGAACAUUUCACGAGGUGUAUUGCUUUAGAACUUGCGUCAAAGGGCGUUCGUGUAAACUGUGUCAGUCCUGGGCCAGUAAAAACAGAUUUUGUUGAGAAGAUUACAAUGGACAAAGAGGAACAAGACAAAUUUUGGGCGAGUUUGAAUAAAACUACAGCACUUGGUAAAAUUGCGGAGUCUGAAGAGAUUGCAGAUCUUGUAUUGUUUUUGGCUAGUGACAGUGCGAAGAGUGUAACUGGAUCAUCGUUUCCCAUAGAUUGUGGUAUUUUGUUGAAAUAAAAUGUUAAUAUUAAGAUUAUUUGUAAUUUAUACAAACAUAAUUAUUUGUAAGUUGAUUUGGGAAUAAACUAUGAAGACUUUGAGGUGUACCUAAUUGAGUUGUGUACUAAUUCCAAAACAUUCUGGUAUCAAGGGUGUGUUCCCAGGUGGCAUAAGUAUCAUUAGUUGUGUUACAAUUCCAAUGAAACAAGACUACGAGAGAACC